CACGAAUGCGUAAUUGCUAGGUUCUCUCCCCCGGUCUUAUAUCAUAGAUAUUAGGGACCCCUGGUGGCCGAAUCCUACUUACCUUCGCCUGUUCCCCCCCUCCACAGGUCAGCCCGCGUCACUCGGCUCGCCACAUAUGCUGGCCCUUGCUGACACUGCCUACUGGUCUGCAAAAGCCACAUGGGACGAGACAACCUCCAAGAAUGGUUUGGACAGUUCUCAUGAAUAUCCAAUGCACGCUGCUUAUGACCACCACCAUCGUUCCUCAUUUUUCAGCGACGAGGGUGGACAAUCGUACACUCAUCAAAUACACCCGAUCACGCCUAUCACUCCCGUCGAAUAUGCCCCAUCUAAUUAUAAAAAACUGUUUCUCGAUGGACCUAAUGAGCGCGCGUGCAGCUCGCCUAGGUCAGUCACUAGCAGUGACCACUCGCAGUCGCCCCCGUCCGCGUGGAACUUUGCACCUCAGUCUGAGUCGCCUGCCCACGCUCAGAACAGUAGCUGGAACCAAGCUUCUCCUAACAACCGACCCAACUCGCCGCCCUCCCAGUUCCCAACGCGUGUUCAUCACUCGUCGUUCAUCCACGACAGUCAAACAAGGACAUAUGAGCUUGAUGUGGUACAGCAUCCCCAAAGGACGGCCGAAUUUGGAUCCGCUACCCUGUCUCGCCUCCCACUAGCGCCGCCAAUUGUGGUGCAGCUCAUCGUGCGAGACCGCUUCGGGAAUUCCAUCAUCCCGGAGGUGGAACUUCCGUUCCUCAUUGCGCAUCUGUCUUUAUUCUCUGACGAUGGGACACGAUCGUUGGACAUGGGGAGAUCUCCCACCGGUAACUCACCUCCCCGACGGCUACUUUAUGGGAAUUUGGUAUCUUCUCCGCAGAAACUUCGCGACCUCUCUGGUCGCCUAGGUCUUUAUUUUCUAUUCCCUGAUGUGAGUAUUCGCUGGCGAGGUCGCUUUCAACUAGGUGUCUCGCUGUUGCGAUUGUCAGAAAUAGACGCUUCUGGCGCCAUGAGCCUUGCCUCCGAAGGGACCGUUCUUGCGACAGCCCGGACACGACCGUUUGAUGUUCUCACCCACGAAAAUUACGUUGCUCCUCCCACUACACGUCUGACGCAAAGUUUCCUCCGCCAGGGAGCGAGAAUUCAUGCUUUCCCACCCAACACGCCUUAGACCGUAGAUAAUCGCUGCACUCGGACGUCUUUCCGGCGCAUUUUUGUCACAUGUUGUACUGUUGUAUAUUCGACCUUCUCUCUCGUGCUCUGCAUUCUUACCUAUUCCUAUUCGACGUCCGAACCCCCCACCUUCGCUUUUUGGCGGUAUGCAUUAUCUGUCUGGCUGUAAUGACAAACGUUUUCACGACGUAC